UUAUUAGUUCUAUAAACAAAUCCAUUGUAUGAAACUGUCAUGGUUGGUAACUGUAGGGAUAUAGGUGGAAACUCGGACAUAUUCCGAGCGGUGAAUCAAAACAAGGAUGAAAUGGUCCGAGUCGUUUAACCGGACAGAAGGAAUCGAUCCGGUGAAGCGAGUCGGAGGCGCGUCGUUGGCUGCAGUCGCGUGCUGUCGUCACCCAGUGAUGUUCAGCUUCACCCGGCGCCUUCAUGUCUCCGAGGAUCCCUUCAGCUUUUCGUCUCGGAGCACCUGACAGGAACAAUAAUCGAAUAUUGAUGAUCCAUUUGAAUGACUAACGUUAACAGACGUAAGAAUUAACACGAUGUGAUUCUCUCCUACUGAAAAGACAUUAUGAUAUUAUAGCUGUAGGGACUGUACAUUUGAUUUGGUCUCACUUCACUUUCACACACUCACACUCACAAUUCUCCAGAAUUGGGGUGGAUUUGAUUGAAAGUUUAUUUGGCUGCAACUGGGUCAAAUAAAUAAUUGACAAACUGACUAAUCUCUCUCUCACACACACACACACACACACACACACACAAAGAUCCAUCUGAUUUGGAAUUUUUUGUCAACUCGUCUUGUCUGUCCCGUGUCUGUCUGGAGAGACUUCUCCGCCUUCCCAUCGCUCUCCCUCCUCCCUCCUUCUUUUCCUGAGCCGUUGCAUCCCACACAUUCGUGCCGCAACUCCAUCCAGCACCCGCACAUUCCUUUCCUUGAAAAUAAAGGAUUUUUUUUAAGCCAAAAAAAAAAAAAGAAAGAAAGAAAAAAAAAGGAAAGAAAGGGACAGGGAACGCAACACGAGGCAAGCAAUGCAAUCUUUUGAUCAUGCCUCAUUGCGCGUGAGAGCGAAGCAGGAUGAAUUUGAUUUGCCCCGGGCUCUUGGCGUACUUCUUCAGCUUCGGAUUGUACCAGGUGAUGCUCCAGUGCAUGAUCGUGCCGGUCCACUCGCACCCGCAGCCGUGCCGCGUGCUCGCCCAGGUCGGUCACACCGUGCGCCUCGGCGUGCUCCUGCCUUCCCGGCGGCCCAUGCGCGUGCGAGCCGCGCUGGACCGUGCGCUCAGCGCCAUGGCCGAGAGCGGAAGCCAAAUCCUGCCCUACAACCUGAGUCUGGACGUGGUAGCGCGCGAGCCGGCCGGCGGUGACCCCGAGUCGCUCUUCCGGUGCUUGUGCCAGUCCAUAGUGGUGCAGGGGGUCUCAGCGGUGCUCGCUUUCCCCCAGAGCCAAGACGAACUCGUGCAGGUGGAAUUUAUGUCGUCGUUUUUGGAAAUCCCCUUCGUGAGCAUACUCGAGCACGGAGAGGCGCUCAGAACGGAGAACCGAUUUCACCUGCAGAUGAUGACUCGAAUCCCUGCGUCAGACCUGGUGGAGCUUCUGUUGACGGUGUUGCAGAGGAGUGGCUGGCAUGAGGGUAUAGCUGUACUCUGCCAGGGUUGGGAUGAAGUUGGCCUUCUCGACCUCCUGAAGCUGCAUGGUAACACGGCCAAGGGCAUCUCUCGUUGGAACCUCCGCGCUGCCCUUAAUCUCUCGGGUAGUUCAUUAGACCAAAAAGGCAUAUCGGAUUUCCUGGAGCAGCACUUCAGCCAGGACCAGCAUCCUCCAGCCUCGGUGCUACUUCUCGGGUCCGAUCCACAAUGCGCCUCCGCUGUACUUCGCAGUGCCGUUGACCUGGGACUUACAUUUCCUACUAUACACUGGAUUAUGGGAUAUCCAUUAAGCCCGGACGCCUUGCAUUCCAUUGGCUUACCACUGGGGCUUCUGGCCUAUGGCGAGGUUGACCGCAAGCCUCUGGACUUCUACAUUCAUGACACUUUGCAGCUAGUCAGUCAAGCAGUCGCUGCUGCAACACUCGUGCGGCCAGAUCUUGCGCUCAUCCAAAACAUGGUGAAUUGUUUUGAUAAACCCAAUAAACAUGAACUACCUUCAUCUGGACAGUACAUUGCCAGGUUUCUCUCAAACACAUCCUUCAUGGGGCUGACCGGAGCAGUCAGUGUACAACGGAACAUGUCACGCGUGCUUACAUCUCAGCGCGUGCACAUCUGGAGGCUUCGGCGCAACGCUGUGGGCCAGCCCACCUGGGUGACCGUGGGCAGCUGGGAGGGCACGCAGCUGGAUGUUGAGGAGCGAAGUCUGUGGCAGAGCUCAACCCCACGCCAACGCACCGAGGCACAAAAAGGUCACGAGGGCAGCCGCUGGAGGCCCGGCUUCCCUGUCACAGGGAGCCGCGUGCGCGUAGUCACCCUAGUCGAGCAUCCGUUUGUGUUCACCAGGGAGGUGGACGAGGAUGGCAACUGCCCAGCCGGACAGUACUGCCUGGAUGCAGGUACCAACAGUUCGGACAUGUUGGAUCGUUUUUUUGCCACGCGAGCACAAGGGAAUAAAACGUUUCUCCCGGCGGAUUACAGCAAGUGCUGCUAUGGUUACUGCAUUGACCUGCUAGAAAAGCUGGCCGAGGACCUGAACUUUGAGUUUGACCUUUACAUCGUGGGAGACGGGAAAUAUGGAGCGUGGAAAGGCGGCCAGUGGACAGGGCUGGUCGGAGACCUUCUUAGCGGCAUAGCUGAUAUGGCCGUCACCAGCUUCAGCAUCAACUCGGCACGCAGCAAAGUAAUUGACUUCACCAGCCCUUUCUUCUCCACCAGCUUAGGCAUCCUAGUGCGCAGCAAGGACACGGCAGCACCCAUUGGAGCUUUCAUGUGGCCACUGCACUGGUCCAUGUGGGUGGGCAUCUUCGUAGCACUUCACUUGACGGCACUCUUCCUUACCCUCUAUGAGUGGAAAAGCCCGUUUGGCAUGACUCCACAUGGGCGUAACCGCAUGAAGGUGUUCUCCUACUCCUCGGCCCUUAACCUGUGCUACGCCAUCCUGUUCGGUCGCACGGUAUCGAGUAAGACACCCAAGUGUUGGACAGGACGAUUCCUCAUGAACCUGUGGGCCAUCUUUUGCUUGUUAGUCUUGUCCAGUUACACAGCCAACCUUGCCGCAGUCAUGGUUGGAGAAAAGACCUUCGAAGAGCUUUCGGGUAUUCAUGAUGCCAAACUCCAGCACUCUUCCCAUGGGUUCCGCUUUGGCACUGUACGUGAAAGCAGCGCUGAGGACUACAUGAAGAAAAGCUUCCCCGAAAUGCACGAAUAUAUGAGGAGAUUCAACGAGCCGACCACUCCGGACGGUGUCGCUACCCUCAAGACAGAUCCCCCUAAGCUUGAUGCUUUCAUCAUGGACAAAGCUCUGCUGGACUACGAAGUAUCCAUCGAUGCCGACUGUAAGCUGUUGACUGUCGGCAAACCCUUCGCUAUCGAAGGUUAUGGGAUCGGACUGCCCCAGAACUCGCCUCUCACGUCUAACAUUUCAGAAUUCAUCAGCCGCUACAAAUCCGACGGCUACAUGGACAUGCUGCACGACAAGUGGUACAAAGUGGUACCCUGUGGAAAGAGAGUCUUCGCCAUGACGGAGACGCUGCAGAUGGGUAUCCAGCAUUUCUCAGGGUUGUUCGUGUUGCUGUGUGUGGGAGUGACUGGGGCGUUACUCACUCUCGCGGGUGAACACGCCUUCUACCGUCUGGUCCUGCCUCACAUCCGCCGUCGGCAGAAAUUCAAGUACUGGCUCCAUACCAGCCAGAAAAUUCACCGAGCGCUGAAUAUGACUUACGAGGACGUAAAACGACAGAGAGCCAAUUCAGAGAAAAGCUGUAAUAUUCAGAAGUCCCAGCCGGUACAACCUCCACCACCUCCGCCGCCCGGAUCUUUCGCCAAGUGGAACAACGAGAGCAGCCGGGCAGCCAAAGAGCUCAAGGACAACAAGAGGGUUCACUUUAACCUGGAGACGCUGAACACACGCCGCCUCCUCGCCCGUGUAAUCGCAGAGGGUGGUCAGGGUGCUUCGGGAUCUGCGUCUGGAGCCGGAGCCGGAUCCGUUCCCGGUGGAAGUCAGGUAUCGAGAGCGUGUGAAAACGGUGGGCCGGCGCCUCUACAGCAACUCCCAUCCUCUCCACCUCACUCGACAGACCCUCCCAAGGACGGAGAGCUGGAGCAGCUGCAGGAGAAGAUCGAGGAGAUCCGUGGUCAGCUGAGGGACGCUCUGGCCCGCCGGGCUCAACUUCAGACUGCUCUCGCCAAAGAGCGCGCUGCUGCUGUGAUUCCGCUGAGCCAGGAAGGACCACCCACAGUCACAGCCACAAUUUGCCGCUCCCUCGUCAAAGAUCUGGAAGGAAAAAGGUGAUGCCGUCGCUUUCGGCGCAGCACAGGAGGGAACACCGCGACGGACAACCGAAGGUUUUCGAUAUCGAUCCAAAGGCUUCCACUGAUGCCAAGAAUCUGCUGCAGUCCUCAUGCUACAGCAUCAUCAGGCUCUGGGGCACUGUCAGGCUUAUGAGAACAGCAAGGGAACACGGAUUUGCCCGUUUUUCUAAAGCCAUUCAGAACUCCAGCACCCGAUGAGAAACGAAUACCCAAGAGAGAAAUGUAGGCCUAGAGACAUCCAAAGCUCUCUGGAUAUCAGGCAGGACACAUCAGCAUGGCUAUGUCAUGUUUCCUCUUGUGUAGAGAUUAUGCACAGGAUUUCUACAUGCUCUUCUCUGCGGAUGUGUUUUUGGGGUUUAUGGGAGAACUGGCUUGGGGAUUUGAAACAUGACCUAAAAUCUGACAAUAGUUAAGAAGAAGAAAAAAAAAAAAACACUUGGUGGGUUUUAAAUGUUUUCUUCAAUGAUGCAGUAUUUGAUCUGAAAUUAUAGUAUUGUUAACUGGGCCUGGAUGUUUUUCACAAAUAAAGUCUAAUAUAAGAAUGGCUAAUGACCGUUUGUUAUUAUGAAUUCUUCGGGGUGAACGCGGUCGUGACUCGAUAUUAUCGCAGGAGGUCAGAAAACCGGACGGGAUCUCUAUAGGAUGCUUUUUUUAAACCUGUUCAAAUUUAAACUCGUCCACAAUCACGGGCAGCGUUCUGGUUUCGAGCGUUACGUCAGAGGUCACCAUGUGACCCUGUUGACCGUUUUCCUCUCAAUCACAACCAUUAUGUCAGCGAUUCGAAACCUGAAGGUAAGAACUCCUAGACUGUCUUCAUUUAAACAGCGUUCAAUGUGUUUUAAGAACUAUAAAGCUACACCUGCCUGACCAGGCAAGCGAUACAACUUACUUUCAUUUGAAAAAAUAUAUAUUUUUAUCAUAAAUUAAAUCCUAAAAUCCUACAAUAUUUUCCUCAAAGUGAAGCCGCAGGGGUCCAUGAAGCAAAGCCUGGGGAACUUCUCAUUUGGUUACAAUGGUGGAAAUGACAGGAAGUAAAAAAUUUUUGGUUCGUUUGUUUUAAAUCUCCGUCACCGAUAAAUAACCAAAAUAUUUUAAUCUACACGUUUAAAUAAUGUGGCCACUUUCUUUUUAAUGUCAAAUAAUUCUGUACCGAGGAGGUCUGUGACUGUAAAACGUUUGAACUCUAGCCAGUAAGUUGCUCCUAAAUCAUCAUCAUCAUCAUCAUCAUCACAAGCAUUAUUGUCAGACUUGGAAAAUAUAUGUCUGUACGUACAUCUUCAGAAAGAAAAAACCAAAAAUCAUUACGAUUUUU